AUGCACACUGACUGCUGUGCAUGGCUGCGUGCUUCUGUGUGGUGCUUUACCUGCAUGCUGGGCAACUCCGCAAAAAGGAGGGAACAUUGCAGUAGCGGGGCUGAAUUCACACAAGAACAAACAAGUUCACCACAGCAGCGGCAUGGGUGGAACAGAUUCUGCUACGGCUCCUGCUGUGCUUACUGCUUAUUUUUUUAUUUGUGGUUCUCUUCUCUUUCGUUGCGGGGGAACCGCACACGAGCCGCAUGCUCCAAGCCACACCCGCGUGACACACACGCCGCAGCCCCCUACCGGGCGCACGCACUCCACACCGCCAGGAACGCCGCCGUCAACAUCGACCUUUUUUAA